ACAUCUCAGUCAAUUUUUUUCCACUCUCUCUCUCCUUCCUCUCUCUUUCCUGUCUGAUCUUCGUCUUCUUCCCCAAAUCAUCUUCCCCUUCCCCCAUUGUUAUAAAUCCUUCUCUGUUUCCUCUUUCUCCACCUAACCUUGAUCCAUUUCCAUAUCCGGACCUCGGAGAUUCCUCCCCCCCGUUCACAAUGGAAGUGGCGGUUCCGGUUACUCCCGUCGACUUCAACUUCGACAGCGCCUGCUCUUCCCCUUACAUGACCGCCCCUUCCAGUCCUCAACGCUUCGGCACCUUCUUCUUCUCCAGUGCUCCCACCUCUCCCUCACGUGCCGCUGCAUUCUACUAUGACUUCCAUGAGUUUGGUUCUGGCUACGGCGACGACGGCGGCGGAAGGAGCUCGUCGGCUUCGGAGAUCCCCUUGCUGUGGGAGGAGAUUCCUGGAAUUGUGAAAUCUGGAGGCGAUGAUUGUAGUAGUGUUGCUGAUGAGGAUUUUGAAUUCGAUUUUAGUGGACAGUUGGAACGGACUUCUUUGUCCGCUGAAGAGCUCUUCGAUUGCGGUAAAAUUAGGGCUCUGAAGCCUUCGCUGUGUCAUCGAGUGGCUGAUUCCGUUUCCUCCAAUGUGACGUCGCCGAUAUCAACAAGAUCGUCGAAAAUCGAACAGGGAAAGAGAAUAGUUCAGGAAGGUUUGUCUCCUCGCCACCACCGUCAGAGAGAUUCCGAUCCGAUUGAGGAGGCUUUCAAGACGACAACACGGAGAACCGACGGAAACGCAGUCGCCGAUACCGAGCGAAAUCGAGGUAGAGGGAGAACGACGAGCACCGGCACCUCGCGGUCGUCUUCAUCCAUUAGACGCACUGGAAGCCGAUCGUUAUCUCCACUCCGAGUCUCAGACAUCAUACUCGAUUCCGAGCAAGAAAUGGAAGCGAAAUCCGCCGUACCUUCCGCCACAAGCAACCACAAACAGUCGAUCUCCUCAUCCGCAUCCUUCCUCUCCGCAUUCUCGUUCUCCAGAGGCCAGAGAAGAUGGAGAAUCCGAGAUCUGCUACUAUUCCGCAGCGCAUCGGAAGGACGAGCGACUGACAAGAAGGCAGUGGAGGAGAUGAAGAACUCAAGCUUCCGGUCGGUGGAGAGCCUGAGUUCGGUAUCGAGCUCGAGAAGAAGAGGAUCGAUUUCGGCUCAUGAAUUACACUACAAAACGAACAGAGCAGUUUCAGAGGAGUUGAAGAGGAAGACGAGUUUGCCGUACAAACAUGGCCUCUUGGGCUGUUUGGGAUUCAAUUCCAAUCUGCAGCGUAAUUUUUCCAAAGGCUUUGGCUCUCUCACACGAACAUGAAUUGAACAUGAAUUGUUUUCUUCUUCUUCUUCUCCUCAUAGAUUUAAUUUGAUUCAACAUUUUAUUUGAAAUAGACUUGUAAUUGGUACAUCUCCACACUCUAGGAGCACCUCAACUGUUUAAAACUUGAGUAGAAAACAAAGUUUUACGAGAUACUCA